AUGGCCAGUCUGGGCGCUCAGGCCAAGUUCGAGAGGGCCAGAUGGCGUCUGAGCUUCCUCUCUCCCAUGUGGGCUCUCCAGCUGGGCCUUGCCCUCGCCAUGGUUGGCAUCUUCAGCUGGCAGUUGGGCACCUGUGUCUAUCAGUACGCCACCGACGGCGACAAGACCGGUUUUCCAACCUUUGAAGUUGUCUGCGAGUCCGUCGGCAUCGUCCUGUCUUUCGUGGCCGCCGUGUGCGCCAUCUUCACCGUUGCGAGAUACUUCGCCGAGGCUCUGACGCCGUGGGCCGUCAUCGUCGCGCACAUCAUCCAGCUAUCGUGCGGCGGUGCCGUCCUGGCCGUCCAGGCCGUCGCCCACGUGAAUGGCGUCAGACGUCGCUGCUUUGUCCUGGUACUGGUAUUUGGCAGCAUCUUGGUAUGCUCUUCCGGAGCCCUGGCCGUGUACGCCAUCGUCGCCCGCCGACGUAUAUCGUCCUACACCCACUCCUACACCCUCGACAUCAAGGGUUACAACUUCGACAGCUCCAACGGCUCCGUGCCGCGCGGCCUCCUCGACAGGAGCCGUUUCUCCUCGGCCUCCUCCCGCACAAGCUACCUGUCCUCUACGCGCCAGAGCUCCGGGGGCGCCUACCAAGGCGUGGCCGCCACCGAUCCUACACCUUCCCCGGCGGACCCCAGGGCCGCCUACAGCCACGAGCGCAGCACCGAAUUCGACAAGUUUGUCGCUGCGCGCCGCCAGUUGCCCGCCGUGGAACCGGGUGUCUGGCACGGCCGGGGUCGCAGCAGCAGCGGCGGCACCAGCAGCCUCGUCUCCCCCCUGUCGGCCGACGACGCCGACGCCGUCGUGCACCUUGGCACCGUGCCGGUCACGUCGACCACGAACCGUCCCGGCGAGGCCAAGGCCACCAGCGACCGGGGUCUCGUCUCGGUGCCCGAGGAGGAGAGAAGCAGCAUCUACAGCGGCGAUGACGGCACCGGGUCUGUAAAGACCCAGGGCACCACGCAGACCGUCAUGCUUGAGCGGGCUAGGGCUAUGCACUCCCUGCUCGGGAGCGGGUACAGCAAGGUUAGCAGCGACGAUGAUGAGCACCACGCCGCAACGUCUAGGGUACCGGAGCGCAUCGUCGUCUCGCCGCCGCAUGAGGCCCCGGUCCUGCCGGAGCUGGAGUGGAUGCGGGGGAGGUGA